AUGAUUAAGUAAUUGCUUGCUAUUGUGGCAAUUGGAACACUGUCAAUAGUGCCUUACCUUGAUAACACAGAUUACAAUCCAUGGUUUGAAGGAGAUACAUUCAUCGUGUCUUUGGAUGGAAGCAUGAAGAGAAUUAGUAGAUUUGAUCCAAACUGGAAACCAUAAUCAGCUUAUGAGUAAUUAUUGAAGUAGAUAAAUCUAGAGAUUACCAUGAACAAAUCUAUCAAGAAUAAGAGAGAUAGCGCAAAGAGAAAAUGUCUGACUUCUUGAAGACUACAGCUAACAUUUGUACAAAUGGAAAAGAUCACACCAAAUUGACUUUAUAGGCUUACAUGGAUGAAUUCAUCAAUGGUCCUUGCUAACCAGCUGUCUUAGUGCCUGGUCUGAUUGGUACAGCUUUAUAGGUAUAUAUAUAUAAUUCUAUAGUCUAAUAGGUAAAAAUUGAUUGCGAAACCUUAUAAGCAAAAAGACCUGAUAUCUUUGAAAAUUGUGGUUGGUAAACAUGCAGUUCAUCUAAAUUCUGGUUGAAGAAACCAAGUGAAGAGUACAGAAUAUGGAUAGGUGCAUUGAGCAGUCCUUUUUCAAUUGCAAUGACCAGCAAGAAGGACAAAUGUUUUGGAGAUUUCAUUGAACUUUAUUACGAUAGAUCCAAAAAGGAUCCAAGAGACAGAUACACAGCAGCUCCAGGAAUUGAAAUCACUUGGGCUGGUAACACUCCAAAAUCAAUUGAUAACGAAUGUGGAACAACUGCCAUUUAAGAGAUCGCCACUGAUUCCGUUAUCAAGGCAGCAAUGUGUGAUCCCAAAGGAUAUCAUGUUUUCUCAGACACUCUUAAAAACAUGGGUUACAUCCCAGGAUUAACAAUGCAAGCUGCCCCAUAUGAUUUCAGAAAAUCUAUAGCUGCUUCAGAAUCCCAACAAUACAUUAAGAAGUCUGUGGAAACAUUCUAUAGAUUGACAGGAAAGAAAACCUACAUCUUUGGACAUUCUUUGGGUUCCCUUCAUUCCACAUAAGCAGUGUACUCAAUGACUUAAGCCGAGAAGGAUAAAGUAGCUGGUAUUGUGACAAUUGCUGGACCUCUUUUGGGAGCAACUAAGACAUUCAAACCUUAAGUUGGUGGAGAUGACAGCUUUAUGUUUAAAGUGUUACUCUUGGAUGCUGGUAUUAACUGGUAUGCUCAAAAGAAGAUGGCUCGUACCUCUGCCAGUAUUGUGGAUUUAUACCCAAAGGACACAUUCACAAGAUUCAGAGAUGCACCAUGGAUGUAAGAGAUCCUUGACAGAAUGGAAUGGGACAAUGAGUUCAUUUCAACCGGAAGGAGACCAACAAGACCUAAUCCAUUAGCUUGGUUCCCAGAACCUAGUGAAGUUUGUGGUGCUGAUUUCGCUGACAGAUCUAACCAUUGCUAAUUGUUAAUGCACGACAUGAGUGAACACUUCUUGAAAGUCGUUGAUAAGUUGUAUUAUUCAACUGAAGAAUCUACAAAACAAGCUAUUACUGACACCAUCACUGCUAAUGAUGCCAAAUAAAUAUUAGAUUACGUUGAAGAAACUACAAGAGAAAAAGCCAACAAUGUUGAACACCCAGGAGUACCUAUGAUUGUAGUCUAUGCUGCUCAUGAAAUGACUCCAUUCCAAUUUGAAUAUACCAAACAACCCAAACCUAUUGUUGAGUCUACUGAUGAUUUCUAUUUCCCAGAUCAUAUUACCAAAGCCAUUGGAGAUAGCACAGUUCUUGCCUCCUCAGCCAUGACUCCAGGUAUCAAGUGGGUUUAUGAACACAAAAAUGGAUUAACCUCCAUCCCAACUAAAUUGGUCGAAUAUUGUUCAUAAUAUAACGGAGAUGCCGUCUCAUCUAUUUAUGAUUCAAAGGAUGCUUAAGGAUAAAAACAAUUCACUAAUUCAGGAUAUUUGGGUCUUACUUGCUCUUGUAAAUUUGGAUAAACUGUAUAUUUAUUUAAUUUAUCAUUUUCAGGGACUCGACCAUUGCGGACAUGCCUGUAUGAUUCAAGACACAUUAUUUAUCGAGUUUGCUGCUGAUGUCCUAACCCCACACUGGAAAUCUACCAUCACAUCAACACCAGCCACUGAAUCUGAACUUAAAAACAUCCACGAAGGAUGCACCAAUUUACAUUGAUUAUAUCAAUACAACCCAG